CAACGACGAGUACAAACACAGUGGUGCAAAGUGCAUCACAAUCAUCAACACAAACCAACAGUAAAAACAGGACAAUGAAUCAAGCUCACUUUACCAUUCCAACUUUUCAUGGAUUAAAGUCAGAAAACGCUACACUUUGGCUCAAAAAUGUGGAAUUGUAUUGUUCUAUGCAAUCAUUAGACGAUGACCGCCAAUUACCAACAAUUAUUUUACAUCUCCGCGACGGUGCAAGACGGUGGUACGAUAAUCUUGAACCACGUGUGCAACAUGACUUAAAACUGUUAAAAGAACAAUUUCUUAAAUCAUAUCAACCAAGUACAUUUGUUGAUAUGAGAGUGAACGCCCAAACAAACGGUGAAACUUGUGAGAUGUUUUUAAAUCGUGUAGAAAAAAAGUAUCACUACACAAAUAUGGACGAACGGGUAAUCAUGGGCUUAGCUAUUGAAGGACUUCUACCCAACAUUAAAAGUCACGUAGUGCUACAACAGCCAUCCACAUGGCAAGAACUGAAAAGUGCGUGCUAUCUCGUAGAAAGCACAAUUCCUACGCAACCCAAUGUAUCUAUGGUGACCCAGGACAUUAAUAAAGAUAUCAUUGGCGCUAUAGCAGAAGGCGUGGCCAAGAAACUAAAGCAUGAAAAUGAACAAUUUACGCACCACCCUACACAAUAUUAUGAACAAAGUGAUCAGGUACAAGUACCUGAUAAUCAUUACGAAGUAAAUUAUACUUCACACCAGUACCGCCAACCAAAUCGUCAGGUACAUGAUUUUACCGGACACCAGGGACAACACCAAACUAAUUUCCAUCUACCUCCAAGACAGAGCAAUUACCAUUCUAGAGGCAAUGGUUACCAACAGAAUUCAUCACAUCAUCAACCUCAUCGACAUAAUAAUUACCAGUCUAGAACCAGUGGUUACCAAACAAAUUCUUCAUAUCCAUGCCGAUAUUGUGGUGAGUACUGUUCUCCUAUUAAACCAUGUGAAGGACCAAAUUAUUUCUGUACACACUGUAAACGUCCAGGCCAUCAUAUCAAUUUUUGUAAUAACAAGAAAGCUGGUCGACGUCCAUUUACGCGCCCAUAGGAUAAGGCGCCUGGCUCUAAGAAUACUUGGAACAG